GUCGAUAAGAUUAMGCACUACUAAYAAUCUACAUGUCUUUGUUCCCAGUUCAAAUUUUAACCAAUUCCUGCAGGGURAUCCAAAGGGUUGUUGKUUAUCUGAUUUUGCUCAAACGUCCCUCCCAGAGUCUAUUCUWACUUUAAAUGAUAAUCGUCUAGGACCAUUCAUUUUUCGAUUCAUCAUUCCUCAACUGGCUGGUUGAAAUCCUUUUUCAGCUAAGCAAAUUUGGAAUUUCCAGAUUUUCUUCUAUAUUUCAUCUUCUGUUGAAGUUGUAUGUCAUCAACCUUUCAAAAGUUUUCUAAUUUACUAUAUUUUGUCUCGGCGAAAACAGACUUUGACGUUUGAUCAUUCUCGAUUGUGAUUGGUUAAUACCAAGCACACCAGCAAAAAGACACGAGCGAUGAAUAAUUAAUUAAAAUCGAUCAUCACAAAACACAGUCAACUGAACUUAAAAACUGCAACAAAAAUGGUUGUUUUGGACCCGGAAGAAGAGCGCUUACUCGCCGAAGCGAUGUUCGAGACGGCGGACGAGGAUUUGAGUGGUCCAGUGAUGGAAAUUGUGGAGGAUACAAGUGGAGAAAAGGACGGUGAAAACGUCCCAAAAUCGAAAGUGCAGUUCCCAAUCCGGAGGAGCAAAUAUUCACGCAAGCGAAAAGUGUUUUGUGCAAUGUCAUUUCUUAUUCUCCUUGGUGGGGCAAUAUUGGUGACAUAUUUUCUUCUGAAAGCAAAGACAUUUUCAUUUGAGUUGAAUCUUUCUCAAGGACAAGUGUUACACUAUCGACUUACUCAGGAACACACCUUCGAAGGGCUCAAAACCGUUCAUACAAAAUUUACUGAGGAUGUUUUCGUUCAAAUUGUUAACAAAACACAGAAUCGAUGUUGGAUGAAAGUCUCUCUUAAGACAUUACCACUGCAGUUGCACGAUGGACCAUAUGCAUUCUUGGUAAGUGUUAAUCUUGGCGGACCGGAAUCCGUGGACAUUGAUGACGAAAAACGUCUGAAAGUUUUAACACCAUGGAAAAAGAACAACACACUUGAUUACUAUGUUUUGAAUCUGCUGACUCAACUCUUUCCCGUUGUAAAAAUCGAUCUUUUUGAGAUGAUUUUGAGCCAGAUUACAACGCGAAAACACGAGGUUCUUUUGGAAAAUUCCAAGUUCUUCCAAGGAGAUGCGACAAUGAAGCAAAAUAUUCGCAUGGGGAAAGAUGAUAUUUUAAUCACUUCGAGAAUCGAGCCUGAAGGAUUCUCUUCAUUUGCAAGUAAUUCAAACAAACAAUUGCCUCACACAUCGUUUAACUUUGAAGAAGACACUUCAGUUAGUAAAAUCACUGGGAUGAUCAAAAAGAGCGACAUGGAAUUGUCUGCAAAGCUUCCAAUUUCUGGUGAAGAGGGAGAAACGUCAUCCCAAGCAGAACUUUCCAUGCGGUUUAAAAGCUCUCUACGCUURGUGGAYRAACAGARUAACAAACCAGACAUCACCAAGCAUGAGUACACGUUUAGUGAYAUCUCCGAACUUGCAACGMCUUCAAAGGAUGGUCUGAAAUAUUAUGGUCCUUCCGUCAAGAAAUACCAUGAGAAUCAUAAUGUGGUGGAAACCAUCAAAGAAAUGCUUAACAUGACUAUGCCACACAACCUUGGUUCAAAAAAGUCUAUAAGAAAUAAAGAUAUGGAAGCAUUUGCCAGGAGUUUCCAUAAGAUCACCCAACCGGGUAUUGAAACGCAAUUUGAAGAACUAGUAGUGAAUAAAAGAAAAGAACGAUUUCCUGAUAGGCACAAAAUUUCGAGUACAACACCAGUUCCGACAACAACUGAACAACACCGGCAGUUGGAUGAGAAUAACGAUGAUGAUGAUGAUGAUUAUAACAUCGAUAACGAACCUCCAUCAGAUGAUAAUGAUUAUGAUGCCAGUCAAGAUGAUAAUGGAUAUGAUAGGAUGAGACAAUUCAGAUUUGCUCAGCCUGUCCCCAUGUUUCCAGAUGACGACCUAGAUGAUGAUGAUGAUAAUGACGAUUCAAAAGAAACUGGUGAAGAAUUGGGAGAAGGCAAAUAUCCAGCUAAAGAUGCGCAAAAAGUAAAGGAUUUCAAAACCACAGGUCAAACUAGGCAAGUUAAAAAAAUGAGCAAUGAGGAGAGCGGUGGCUUGCAUACCAAAGAUAUAAAGCGGCCCAAAAGUUCACARYAUAGUAAAGCCGAGAAACGUAUUAGUGCAGCACUUUAUAARGAAGGAAAAAAGCUAAUGGCGAGGAAAGAUAAAAAGAAACKUAASACUCAUYAUAAGGGGAAAAAGMCYCAGAAAACCASUAAAAAAGACASUCCUGAAACAAGCAAAAUYCCYAAAGACMAAAAGGACGAAACUGGCAAAACCUUGAACGAAAACAAUGGAAUUAGUAAAACSACAAAGAAAAAUAUUGACAUUGGCAAACCUACUGUAACUMCUGCCCCACARCCCGAGGARAAAAGCCUGUUYGAUCGSAUWUUUGAUCARCUMUGGAGAGAUGACGACAGUAGCCAAAAUGAACAAAAGGAAAAUGCUCCAGACGGAGGUUUCAAAAUCUCUCAUCUCAUCCCUUCGUUUUCAUUCUCAUCAGAUUUUCCAUUCAUUCAUUGGAAAUGGGAUAACUCAGAUUCCCGUAAAAAGAGAUCGUUGGAAUCGACGGUAGAACGAAAGCGCCGAGAUGUCAAAACUCACAGAGACAAACGGCGCUUAUUUGAUCAUGGCGAAACACCGUAUUACACCAGUCGCGAUUUGGAGCCAAUUUGGGAUAUUGUUUCUGCGGCAACAAUCAAAGAACAUUCGAAACAGACCUCGCAAGUCUUCCAACAUAAAAUAAUGGGAUUGGAUAUCAACAGUGAACUAGAGCAUGAAGUUAAAGUUCAUCGCAAUUCAAGUGGGACCAAUUUAGAAAAUUGGGAAAUUCAUAUUGCCCUGUUGCUAAAUGUGGACAAGCACAAGUUCAGGGUUCUCAACAAGAUCAUAUCAAUGAGGGAGAUAGAAGAAAGGUUUCUGAGAGACGCCAAACCCAAGUUUGAGUACGGUACAGUUCAUGCAGGAACCUUGGUUCUUUGCUCACCUUUCUUCUACAUUGAAAGAGUCUGCGUAGAGAUCCAACUGGGCUUUGUCCUCCAUGUGUCUCACACCAUUGAGUACAUCUCCAAAGAGUAUCCCAUUGAACUGUCAAUUUUCUUCAAAAACCUUGCAAAGGUUGAUGCCACCAUUUCCUCMCACAUGACGUCCCUUCUUGGCUCGCAUGGGGUGUAUGGGCAAGGUCCACUGUUUGGGGCAAAAAUUCCUGUUGAAAUCAGAUUCUCUGAAGAGAGGAACUCUGCAAAGUGGUGCUCAGUAGCAAGUCUAAAGUCAAAGAUUGGGGAUUUUUUUGAAACUUUUAAGGACAUGAAUCAGUGGAGCUGCCCCAUUGAAACUGCAAUCAAGAAAAAUGGAGUUUGCGAGGGACUGUUCAGGAACACAACACGUGCACAUAAAACAUUGAAUAACUUAUGGUAUGGAGGAUCAUCAAGCAAAAAAUUGCAUUUCUUAAACAACUGUUAACUACACAAUGGAUUUCCUAUCUAGUUUCUGUUUAACGCUAUAUUCUCUACCAGUCGAUCAUCAUAAUGGCAGGUCCUAAAAUUCAUUUGGGGCUCACAGAACUUUGAGCUUAUUGCAAACAUCUUUUAUAUUUUCUGGACAUCAACAAAAAAUUAUUAUUUAUUAUCAUUGUAUGCUAUUGUAGAUUUUCUCAACAAAUGCUAGGCARUAGACCUAAUCGGUUAACUCAUUGCUAUGUACGUUACCACUCAAUUCAAAUCCUGUGGGAAAACAACGUUUGUUGUUCAACUGUGAAAUGAAAAUACAAAGAACAAUGAAACUUAUUCUCAGGUGGUUUGAAUGUGGUUGAAAACACAGUAGCCGAUUAGGUAACUAAGAAUUUUUUGUAGGGAAAAGUGACCAUCUCCAUAUACCUCCUCAGUAUUCUUGUUUUUAUUAUGUUUGAUCAGGAUUUUACUUUAAUUUUUAUUUUUUUUAGUAAAGAUAAAUAAAUAUAAUAAAUCAUGAGUAUAUGAUUUUGCAUAAAGCUAAAGUAACGGUAAUCAUACAAUCAUACAGUCAAGUUGAUUAUUUAAAAAUAUAUCUGCUGUGUCUGUUACUGUUCUCUCAUGAUGUAAAUGCGUAAAAAAUAACUUCUCCUUGUCUUUAUUAAAGAUUGUUAUGCAAAUCCUUCUCAACAGGGAUCUCUUUUCUUUCUAAAAAUAAUGGAUUUCCUGUGUUAAAAAAAAACUUGACAAAUAAGGUCUCUGCAGUGAGGGCUACAAUGUGCAAAAUAGCCAUCCAGUAUGAAGGAUUUUGAACCAUGUACAAUGUUUAGGUGAAGGAAAUUUAGUAACUUAUAAUUAGGGUUUUUGAAUGUCACCAUGAGAAUAUUUAUAGUGAAUGUCAAGAGCAUGUUUUGUAAUACACAUUCGUUUGCACAGUGUGCAUUUCUGCCAUUUGUGCCUGGAGUAAUGAUUGUGCAACGUUUGUUUUCCUAAGAAAACUUUCCCGCAAAUUACGCAAGGGUAUGUUUCUCUAUGCCCCAGUGCCUUUUGAUGCGCAUUCAACAGACUUUUCUGGUUAAAUACUUGGUUGCAGAAUGAGCACUGAAAUACUUUAACUUUAUAGUGUACUGGAUGAAAACCUUCAUUGCCAUUUUCAAAUGUUUCUUUUUCAGAUGCCAAAUAAUUCUCUCUCUGCUUGCACAUUGAGCACUGAAAGAGUUGCACUUCUUUGAGAACUGGAAUAUUCACAUUUGUAGUGCUACAAAACAAUUCAUUACAGCUGGAACACUGCAGUGUCCUUGGUAGGCUAUGACUUUGGUAAUGGCUAUCUAGAUUACUCUUGACUAAAAACGACUUGUUGCAGAUUUGACAGAUGAAUAAAGGUGUGUAUUCCAUA